AGUUUCCUGGAUAUUAUUGUUGAGGAAUGAAGAUAACUCUUUCUACCAAUCACGUUGAAAUUCCCGAAGGAGUGAAGGUCGAAGUCAAGAACCGCCGCGUUGUGGUGAAGGGACCUCGUGGCACUCUUCAUCGUGACUUCUCUCACCAAUUCGUUGACAUUCGCAAGGAUGGAAACAGAGUGUACGUAGAUCUGUGGUUCGGACUGCACAAGAACAUCUCUGUCGUGAGAACCAUCUGCUCGCACAUCCGCAACAUGAUCACGGGUGUGACCCAUGGUUACCGCUACAAGAUGCGUUUUGUGUACGCUCACUUCCCCAUCAAUGUCGCCAUUAACAAGGACGGUACCAAGGUGGAGAUCCGUAACUUCCUCGGUGAGAAGCGUGUGCGCCACAUCCACAUGCAGGAGGGUGUGACCGUGACCAAGUCCGAGGCUCAGAAGGAUGAGAUCAUCCUUGAGGGAAACGACAUCGAGGCCGUGUCGAUUUCUGCUUCUCAGAUUCACCUGUGCGUGUUGGUGCGCAACAAGGAUAUCCGUAAGUUCCUGGACGGUAUCUACGUGUCCGAGAAGGAACUUUGCGUCGCCGAUGAGCAGGAGGAUGAGGAAUAAUGGCGAAGUUUAAUAGCGGAAACUGGAUUAUG